CCCGCCGCUCUCCCCGCCCCGGGUCCCGGCGCGAGCUGCGAUUGGGCGGGCGCGGCGAUCCCUUUGAAGUGUGGCUGCUGAUCGCGGCUAUUUGACGUGCGGCUCGCGGAAGGCGAAGGUUUUUGUGUGGUUCGCCGAGGCUGGCGGCGGCAGCGGCGUCGGUGGAGGAGGGGACGAGGCGAGGAACGACCGCCGCCCGGCGCUCAACGCUGCGGAGCGAGCCCACCCGCCCCGGGAGCUCGCCUCCCCGGUGCUCCCGCUCCCUCCCCGCCCCCCCCGCGGCGCUGCCUCCUCCAAAUGAGCGAUUCGCCCGCUGGAUCUAACCCAAGGACACCCGAGAGCAGCGGCGGCGGGAAGAGGCCGGCGGUGCCGGCAGCGGUGUCCCUCUUACCCCCGGCGGACCCCCUGCGCCAGGCGAACCGGCUCCCCAUCAGGGUCCUGAAGAUGCUGAGCGCUCACACCGGCCACCUCCUGCACCCGGAGUACCUGCAGCCGCUGUCCUCCACUCCCGUCAGCCCCAUUGAGCUGGACGCCAAGAAGAGCCCAUUGGCGCUGCUGGCCCAGACCUGCUCGCAGAUCGGCAAGCCUGACCCGCCACCCUCGUCCAAGCUUAACUCGGUAGCUGCGGCGGCCAACGGGCUGGGAGCGGAGAAGGACCCCGGCCGCCCCGCCCCGGGCGCCGCCUCCGCGUCGGCGGCCCUCAAGCAGCUGGGGGACUCCCCGGCCGAGGACAAGUCCAGCUUCAAGCCCUACUCCAAGGGCGCUGCGGGCGGCGACGCCCGCAAAGACAGCGGCUCCUCCUCGGUGUCCUCCACCUCCUCCUCGUCCUCGUCCCCGGGAGACAAGGCAGGCUUCAGGGUCCCCAGCGCCGCCUGCCAGCCUUUUCCCCCGCAUGGAGCGCCCGCGUCCGCCUCCUCGUCCUCGUCCUCGCCCGGCGGCUCCCGCGGCGGUUCCCCGCACCACCCUGACUGCAAGAACGGCGGCGCGGGCGGCGCAGAGCCGGACAAGAAAGACCCGGAGCCGAAGCCCAGCCCGGAGCCGGCGGCCGUGAGCCGCGGGAGCGGCGCAGAGCCCGGUGCGCACGGUGGCGCCGAGGCUGGAGCCUCCGGCCGAAAGUCCGAGCCGCCCUCAGCGCUAGUGGGGGCUGGCCACGUGGCGCCAGUGUCGCCCUACAAACCCGGCCACUCGGUGUUCCCGCUGCCGCCCUCCAGCAUCGGCUACCACGGCUCCAUCGUGGGCGCCUACACCGGCUACCCGUCUCAGUUCGUGCCUGGCCUGGAUCCCAGCAAGUCCGGCCUCGUGGGAGGCCAGCUGUCGGGCGGCCUGGGUCUGCCUCCCGGCAAGCCCCCCAGCUCCAGCCCGCUCACCGGGGCCUCCCCGCCCUCCUUCCUGCAGGGAUUAUGCCGUGACCCCUACUGCCUGGGAGGUUAUCACAGCGCCUCGCACCUCGGCGGCUCCAGCUGCACCACUUGCAGUGCGCACGACCCGGCCGGACCCAGCCUGAAGGCUGGGGCCUACCCGCUGGUGUACCCCGGGCACCCACUGCAGCCCGCCGCGCUGUCCUCCAGCGCCGCUCAGGCCGCCCUCCCAGGCCACCCGCUCUACACCUACGGCUUCAUGCUGCAGAACGAACCACUGCCGCACAGCUGCAACUGGGUGGCGGCCAGCGGGCCGUGCGACAAGCGCUUCGCCACUUCGGAGGAGCUGCUCAGCCACCUGCGGACUCACACAGCCCUGCCGGGCGCCGAGAAACUUCUGGCCGCCUACCCCGGGGCUUCGGGCCUGGGCAGUGCCGCCGCCGCAGCCGCCUGUCAUCUGCACCUCCCCCCGCCCGCCGCCCCUGGCAGCCCCGGGUCGCUGUCCUUGCGGAGUCCACACACUUUGGGGCUAAGCCGGUACCACCCCUAUGGCAAGAGCCAUUUAUCCACAGCCGGGGGCCUGGCCGUGCCGUCCCUCCCCACAGCCGGACCCUACUACUCGCCAUACGCGCUCUACGGACAGAGACUAGCCUCCGCAUCGGCGCUCGGGUACCAGUAACCUCAGCUCUGGGCCCCCAGCCCUCCCGCCCCCUCCCCCGUCCCUGCGCGCUGCUGCAGCCUCCACCACUGCUUCCCCCUGCGGGACCCCGCCCCCCCUCCGGACUGUGUAUUUAUUUACUAUGAUGUUAGCUUACAAGCUGGGAAUAUAAGUGCAUUAACAGCCCACAUGAGUCAAUGGUAUGCAAAAGUAUGUUCCCCCGAAUAAUAAUAUUAACCACACAGGUAACUACUCUGCCCCCCCUUCCUUUUUUUUUUCUUUUCUUUUCCUUAGGUAUAAGUUUUAAAUUUUUCUUCCUUUUCUUUAUGGUUUAAUUUUGGGGAGAAGAGGGAGCAUUGGGGAAUCUUAGGUUCUUCCGUACGUUUUGUUUUUUCCGUCCUGGGGAAUUUCUUGCAUGAAUCUUAACCAUUCGAACUACAUUUCCCCCUUUUCCUUCUUUUCCCUUCAUUCCCUGUUUCCUUCCAUUUAAGGUUCUGGUUUUUGGGGGGUUUUGUUGUAGCAGAGAGGAAUUUUGGGUAACAAUUUGGGGGUUGAGGGAACGAACUUGGUGGCUGGAGGUCUUGAGCUCUGUUGACCCUCCCGAGCAGACCCCUCUCCUAGGGUCUUGGUCCGGGCCCUGGGCCCCUCUGUCACAGCCCCCCAACUUUGCUCUAAGCCGGAGAUCCCUGACCGCAGCAGGCUCCCAUAGAGGGCCCAGCAGCCUGGGGCUGAGGCUGGCUGUGCGCACACCCGGUAAUCGCUGCCCGCUGCGGGUGACUUGUGGGGCUCCUGUUCAUUCAAAGUGCUAGAAGGCCCGCUGGCCUGCAACUUUGCUCGUUCUAGUUUGCGAAGUGCUUUAUCGCAUUGUUUUUCCGCUCUUUAAUGGGGCUGUGACCCCCACUCCCUGGGUAUCCGGGCGGGAUCCUUGCUGGAUCCCUCCCAAGCAGACCUCUCUGUCGCCAAGUCACCUGCUCCUCGGGGCAAAGGUCGGGGACUCAGGGAGUACUCGGCCGAAGCAACCCCGCGCCCCUUCCAGGUGUGACCCAGCAGUCCCCAAAGUUGGCGGUGGCCGGGAUGAAGACCCGGGCCCUGGGUUCCUCCCACCCCACCCCCCUCCCUCCCGGUCUAUGCAGCAGCGGCCGGGCUUCGGGCCUGUUUGGGAUGAAUAGCGCUCUCCCUUGGUAAGACUUAUUUUGUUAAUAAAUGGAAUACUUGGCUAUAUUCA